AUGUCGUCUGGAAGUCUAAAAGCUGCAUUAUCAAAGAAAUAUGGUGAUAUAGAACUAUGGGUCCUGAUCGGCAUAUCCGUUGGCUCAUUUAUAGUUCUUAUUCUGGGGUUCCUCUCAAUAUGGGUCAUGUUCCGAAGAAAAUCACAAAGAACCUCGGACAAGUACAAUCUCGUGCAAAUCCCUAAUGUCUCAAAGGAAAUUAGAGUCGACAGCGUUGCGGACCAAAGCACACAAGAUCGUCCAGAGGGUCUAAUCUUGACUGUUAAUGAUAAAUCGAGUGGUAAGAACUCUGAGAAAAUGAUAGUUCAUUUGGGAAGGAGUAAAUCUAGUGAUGUCGAUGAUGUCAGCCAGUGCAGUUCCAUGCAUCAUCAAGAGAGGACAUAUAGCUCUCAAUCGGGGGAAGAAGGAAGCUCGGGUAAUGCUAGAAAGCAGUAUUCUUCAUCAUAUGCAAUUGCAAUGCCGUCUCCUUUAAUUGGUUUGCCUGAAGCGUCUCAACUUGGGUGGGGCCACUGGUUCACUCUUAGAGAUCUUGAAAAUGCCACGAAUCGUUUCUCAACAGAGCAUGUGAUUGGGGAAGGUGGUUAUGGGAUUGUUUAUAGGGGCAGAUUGAUCAAUGGGACAGAGGUAGCAGUCAAGAAACUCCUUAAUAAUCUUGGCCAAGCAGAAAAGGAAUUUAGGGUCGAAGUUGAGGCCAUUGGCCAUGUUCGGCAUAAGAAUCUUGUUAGGCUUCUCGGAUAUUGCAUAGAAGGAGUUCAAAGGAUGUUGGUAUAUGAAUAUGUAAACAAUGGCAACCUGGAACAGUGGCUCCAUGGGGCCAUGAGACAACAUGGCACCCUCACAUGGGAGGCCCGUAUCAAGGUUCUGCUUGGCACUGCAAAGGCACUUGCUUAUUUGCACGAAGCUAUAGAGCCAAAGGUGAUUCAUCGCGACAUAAAAUCUAGUAACAUCUUGAUUGAUGAUGAGUUCAAUGCAAAAGUUUCUGACUUUGGGUUGGCUAAGCUGCUGGAAUCCGGAGAGAGUCAUAUAACAACUAGAGUGAUGGGAACAUUUGGGUACGUGGCCCCUGAAUAUGCUAAUAGUGGCUUGUUGAAUGAAAAAAGUGAUGUUUACAGUUUUGGUGUUCUUCUCCUGGAAGCUAUCACUGGAAGGGAUCCUGUAGACUAUGGACGUCCAGCCAGUGAGGUUAAUCUUGUUGAGUGGCUGAAAAUGAUGGUUGGGAACAGGAGAGCUGAGGAAGUUGUUGACCCUGACCUUGAAAUUAAGCCCGCAACUCGUGCUUUAAAGCGUGCUCUUCUUGUUGCCCUUAGGUGUGUUGAUCCUGAUUCAGAAAAACGCCCGAAAAUGAGUCAGGUUGUUGUAAUGCUUGAAAAUGACGAGCUUCCUUAUCGUGAGGAGCGGAGGAGGCGGAAAAGCCGGACGAGCAGCUUGGAGAUUGAAAAGGAGAGUUGUGGUUCGGCCGAUAUCGAAAGCAAGGAUCCCGACCCACUUACACAUUGA